AUGGGCGUUGUGAUAAUCGACGGCACCACCGUGCGCGACUUCGUCAACGACGACGACGCGUUCACCAAGGGCGUCGACGAGCAGUUCGCGGCGCUGGACCUCAACAACGAUGGCGUCCUGUCGCGGUCGGAGCUCCGCACUGCGUUCGAAUCCAUGCGCCUCAUCGAGACGCACUUCGGCAUCGACGUGGCCACGCCGCCGGACCAGCUUACCGCGUUCUACGACUCCAUCUUCGACAAGUUCGACGGCGACCAGAACGGCACUGUGGACCGCCGUGAGUUCCACGAGGAGAUGAAGAAGAUCAUGCUCGCCAUCGCCGACGGCCUCGGCUCCUUCCCCAUCAGCAUGGUCCUCGAAGACGAUCCCAAUAGUCUCCUCCAGAAAGCCGCGGAUCUCGAAGCUUCCAAGACUUGA